AUGAAAUUCAACAUCUCGUCCCUCUCGCCGACCUCCCUCCUCAAAUCCUCGACCCUCGCCUUCAAAUCGGCCUCCACGCCCUCAAAUUCCUCGAUUUUCCCCUUCAGAUAUGCAAUCUCCUCGCUGCACUCGUCGAUCUGGAGUAGCAGCCGCUUCUCCUCCUGCUGCCACGAGUGCCGGUGGCUCGCGAAGAUCUCGACAACCCUAGCGUUGGCCUUCGAGUCCUCCUUCCGCCGCGAGAGCAGCUCGCCCAGCUGCUCCUCCGCCCGCAUGAGCUUCGAGGCCAGGGCUUUGUUCUUGGCCUGGAGGCUCGAGAUUAGUGCGAUUGAGCUUCUGGGCAGGGACCCGAGGAAGAAUGCGAAGCUGAGGCCGAGGUUGCUAUGGUGGAUUUGUGUGUACUUUCGGUUUUUGGGUGAGGCUUUUUGGCCUUUUCUCGAAGCUAGCAUAGCCAACUACCACGGUACUGUAUAG